UGUGAGAAGACUGAACUUGAUUUUAGUUUGAGUAAAACAUUUGCCGCAUUAACAACGUCUCUUGUCUGGUAAACAAGAAAAUAAACGUGAACGUCAUUACUUGUCUCUAUGAAUUAUUAAAAUAAAAGAAAAAAAAAACAUUAAAAAUGUUAUUGAAGUCUUCAAAAUUAACAACCUUAGUGUUGUUGGUGGUUUUAUGUGUGAUUCAGUGCGAAAUUUCAGCUUCAUAUAAAACUGAAGUGGAAAUAACACCAGCACCUCCUGAGGAGCCUACUACCAAAAAAUCUUGGUUUAAGAAAUGGUUUGAGGGUUCAUCACAAACCACUGUAGAUCCCUUACUAGAAGUUACCACCGCCAAACCAACACAAAAUGCUAAUGUACCCCAGCCCUCUAGUAGCAAUCAAAAGCCUACAGCCAGUGGCCCCACUGUGCCCGCCGGCAGUAAUAAACCACCACCAUUAGUUAUAUCUAAUGCUCCUUUAGUUCCUUUGGGACCUCGUCCUGAUACACCCUCUUCUUCGCCUUUUGGUGCCGGUCCUCCACAAUGGCCUCAGGCUAAUAAUAAUGCUGCUGUUAGCUCCACCACUAAUCCAACUCCAUUCGGUGCCAGGCAACCUAAUCCACCACAAUGGCCUCAACCACAUCCUGUAGGUGGAGUGUUGUCCACCACUGUGAAACCUCCAGUGCAGCAAUACUUUAAUAAUAUGCCCAAUAAUCAAAAUGGACCUGGUGGUCCAUUCCCGCAACAGAAUUUACCUAGACCUGGUGCACAACCUAAUAUGCCUCCCGGAUUUGCUCCUUAUCACCCACCCAAGUCUCAGCCCUCUGGUUUGGAUUUAAGUUAUGGUGGUGGUUUCAACGCUCGCCCUCAACCAGGAGGAAAACCCGGUUCUGGUUUAGCUCCCAUGACAACACCCGCCCCCACCUCGACCUCUACUUCAACCACAACUUCUACAAGUACUUCUAGCACAACUACUACCACUACAGCUCGCCCUCAGCAAUUGGAUUUCGAUUUACGUGGUGGUUUUGAUUCGAAAAAGCCGGCUUCUCCUCAACCCAGCAACAAAGACCAAUUUCCUUCUCUGCCAGCCCCUCGUAGACCUUCAGUAAAAGAAGAUUUUCCUGCCUUACCGGUGCCUAAAUCCCCUACUCCCACACCCUCUUCUCCCUUGAAUCCUUCAUCACCUUCAGCCUGGAAUAAACCAUUGCCUACACCAGCUAAUGUACCCAGCAGCACAGUAACUACAACCGUACGCUCACCCACUCCCAAGUCUCCUGUGGCUGGCUCUGGUGGUUCCACUGGUGGUGUAUCGUUUGUUCCCCAUACCGGCACUACUACCACCGUACGUCCAGGUUUUGAAAGUCAAGGCAAUAAUUUGGCUUCUGAUGAUGAAAUUCGUUCCCUAACUGAAACCCUGUACACCAAGGAGGUCAACAGUCAAUUGAACUUGAUUACGGUUAAUGCUCAAGGCAAAACUAGAUCCAUUGAUAGCACCGAUGAGGCACCACAACCACUCUUAGAUGUUGACCCUAAAGUUUUCGAUUCUCCCACUAUUGCCAAAAUGCGUUUAUUGUUCAAUAACUAUGAACAGGAUACUUUGGUGAAUGAGCAUAUUACUCCCAUAGAACGUAAAGAGGAAAAUGAUUUUGUUGACGCUGUCAUGGCCACCAAUGUCAUGAGGCAAGCCAUGUUGUUCCUACAACAAAAAGGUAUUGUUUCUCCCGAUCCCAAGACCCACCGUGAUUUGGUUAAAGAAUUAUGGUUUACACAAUAUUCCCGUGGUAGCGGUAAAAUUGGUAGCUCCGGUUUUGAACACGUUUUUGUUAAUGAAGUCAAGAAUGGCACUAUUAUUGGUCUGCACAACUGGGUGUAUUUCCAUGAUGAAGAAAAGGCUGGUCACUUAGAUUACAAGGGUUACCUUAACCAAUUGGAUUUGGGAACGAAAGGCAAGGUCAUGAAAGUACGCUUUACCCAUAACGGUUUAAAUAAACCAGUUAAUACUUUGUUUAUUGGCACCUCACCCGAAUUGGAAUUGGCUUUGUAUACUGUGUGCUUUAAGUUGAGAGCCGAUCGUACUUGCCCCGUUUCUUUGGGUAAUAAUAAAAUUGGUGUUGUAACCUAUUCAUGGCGUUAUCGUGGCAAGAGCUUGAUAGGCAGUGCUUAUCCAGAAAUUUAAGUUGUUAAAAAACGAAAAACCUUUUUGUAUAAGUGAAAUUUUUAUAUUCAACGACAAAGUUUAAUAAAAUUAAAUUAGUUUAGUUUUAACUAAGUGAAA